AUGUCCGUCCUUAAAGCAGCUAUUCAAUUAGCUUUUUGGGGACCAAUUGUCCUCUUCAUUAUUGGCGUUCCAUCAGCCAUUUUAAAUGCAAUUAUUUUUAUUGGACUGAAAACAUUUCGACAAUCUUCUAGUUCUUAUUAUAUUGUUAGUCAAUCAUUAUUCGAUUUUGGUGCCUUAUUAAUUCUUCUUCUGCAAAGUAUUCCAUCAACAUCAGCAUCUGUCUCUUCAAUAUCAUGCAAGAUUCUUACAUAUCGAAAUAUUCAUCUUAUAACAGUUAUUAAUGCUCAACAACAAUCUGUUCGAACUCGUCUAUCAAUGUAG